CGCGCUCCCGCCGCGCGCUCCCGCCCCGCGCUCCCAUGGCGCUGAAGCGGAUACAGAAAGAACUAAGUGACCUGCAGCGUGACCCACCAGCCCACUGUUCUGCUGGACCUGUUGGAGAUGACUUGUUUCAUUGGCAAGCAACUAUUAUGGGACCUAUUUGUACAGGUCACAAAGAUGUUGUGUGUUUUAAAACUCCCCGAUGUCAUCAUGAUGAACUGAAUUAUGUUGGAAAAUCCUACUCUUUGCAUCUGCAAAGAGAAACCACUUCUUAAGCCUGAUAGUGCAUAUCAAGGGGGUGUAUUUUUUCUCACAGUACACUUUCCAACAGACUAUCCUUUCAAACCACCAAAAAUUGCUUUUACAACAAAAAUAUAUCACCCAAACAUAAACAGUAAUGGGAGUAUUUGUCUUGAUAUCCUGAGAUCACAAUGGUCACCAGCUCUGACUGUAUCUAAAGUUUUAUUGUCCAUAUGCUCCUUACUUUGUGAUCCUAAUCCAGAUGAUCCUUUAGUACCAGAUAUUGCACAGAUCUACAAGUCAGACAAGGAAAAAUACAACAGACAUGCAAGAGAGUGGACUCAGAAAUAUGCAAUGUAAACUUGUGAAGACUUUUUCAUAUACCACAGAGUACUGUAAAUUCUAGGCUUUUUUCAAAAUUAGAAGGAAAUGGAGCACAAUUUAUGGUUUUGAUGUAACGUGACUCCCCUUGAAUUUUUUUUCACCCACGUAAGUGUGUUUCUGGAGCAAGGGAGAAUAAACUUCCAAAAAUAACCUUAUGACUGUGAUGAGAAUAUUUAUCCUCUUUGUAUGCUUUGCAGAAGACAUUUAUUAUGGUUUUUAAGAGUUGGACGUCUGCAUCUUCAGACUACAAGAUCUGUAAUGCAGUUGUAAAGCAACCGAAUUAUUUUUGCUGGGAAAAGUAGCUGGUUUUAUGUGAUAAAUACUGUAUGUUUGUCAUUGAAGUAUGUUGUUGUUUCAUAAGUGUAUUCAAAUUUCUUUUUGUUAGUUCACUUAAUAAUUUGUAUUUUUUUACUGUAUAGACUAAAUAUUUUAUUUACAAUGUCAGUAAUUUCAUUUUAGACUUACUUGUGUGUGCACAGUAUUGACAAGAUACAACUGCUAGUAAUGAAAAUAAUUGGAGUAUCCCACCCAUUAGGAUAUUCUAAAGACUGACUGCAGAUUUCUUAAAACCUAAAAUGAUCUUUGCACUGUAAUUCUUUGUAUGCUGAUUAUGGAGAAACACUUCGUUUUGAUUCUGUUGCAUACUUAAUUUUAUUGCAAUGAGAACUAAUUGCACUGCUAUGUAGAGAGAUAUGUAACCAUUUUGUUGCUAUUCACAACUGAUUUUUGACGUAACACUAUCAUAGAUCUUUUACAAAUCCAAAUGUAGCCUUUUCCAUAUAAAUAAAAUGCAUUUUCUACUA